AUGUCGGAGCAAGGAGGUCCCAAGAUCAAGUACGGAGAAAACGCACCCAAGUUGGAUAAGGCGCAGUUGCAGUUUAUGAAACUGAUUGAAGAGCAGAACUUGGAUCGUGUGCAAAAGUUAAAGCGUGUGCGGCGCAACAAUUUGCUUACGGCCGGAGCCUUAGGUCUGUCAGUUGUGGCCAUUUACGGCUACUCCAUAUUCUCGGUGCAGCAGGAGAAGUUCCUCGACGAUUUUGAGGAGCCAAAGAAAGUGACCACCAACUAG